CUUCAAUCACACCUGGGCACGACGAUUUGCCAUGGCGCCGCAAUUUGAUCCUUUGGAGAAUGAUCUCAUUCUCCGUGCUGCCAGAGGCGAGAAAACCGAGCGGGCGCCCAUGUGGGUGAUGCGUCAAGCUGGUCGCUACUUGCCGGAGUACCACGAGGCGAAGGGAAGCCAUGACUUCUUCGAUUGCUGCCGAACUCCCGAGAUUGCGGCGACGUUAACGCUACAACCCAUCGAGAGAUACGCCGGGCUCAUUGACGCCGCCAUAAUAUUCUCCGACAUUCUCGUGAUACCACAGGCAAUGGGCAUGGAAGUCAUCAUGGUGGAUAAGAAGGGGCCACAUUUCCCGGAGCCGCUGCAAUCACCCGAAGAUUCACAGUACCGGGAGCUUAUGCAAAGGAAGGUGGACGUGAAAGAGUCGCUGGAUUAUGUGUACAAGGCAAUCACGCUUACAAGGCAGAAGCUGAAGGGGAGAGUACCGCUGAUCGGGUUUUGCGGCGCGCCGUGGACACUUUUGGCGUAUAUGGUUGAGGGAGGAGGCAGCAAGAUGUUCAUACAGGCGAAGACGUGGAUCUUCAGAUAUCCGGAAGAGAGCAAGGCGCUCCUGCAGAAGAUCGCCGAAUGCUGCGUUGAGUAUUUGGCACUCCAGGUUCAGGCUGGUGCGCAGAUGAUACAGGUUUUCGACUCCUGGGCAGGAGAGCUAUCUCCUUCCUCCUUCAGAACAUUCGCACUGCCUUACCUCAACUAUAUCGCCGAUAACCUGCCUCGGAGAUUACAAGAGCUGGGCCUGGAACGUGUGCCAAUGACGGUUUUCGCAAAAGGCGCCUGGUAUGCCCUAGAGGUACUCUGUGACUCGAAUUACGAUGUCAUUGGCCUAGACUGGCUGCAUGAUCCGCGAGAGGCGUACGAGGUUGCUCGUUCCAAGGGGAAGACACUCCAAGGCAACGCUGACCCCGGUGUACUCUAUGGUGGGCGGGAGGCCAUCACGCAGGUGGUUAAGGAAAUGGUCUCAGGUUUUGGAGGUGGGAAGCAAGGCUGGAUCGCUAACUUGGGCCACGGUAUCACGCCACAAGUAAACCCUGACGACCUGAGGUUCUUCUUCGAGGAGAUUUACCGAUACUGCAAGGCCUCCGCAUAGUAUGAGCAAUGGUUGUGCUGCAACCACGGCAUUUCGUGGAUAUUCUUUCGACGUCAUCGACACAGCGCUUUCCCUUGUACAUAUUCCCACGAGCUCCAUGUAGAGCGAAGGAUGCGCUCUCGAGCGUUAAAUUCUGUUGUAUAAGACAUAUAGAGAAGUAAAUCAACAAUGGGGACAGGAUGCGAUGCAUUAUGGUGUACUAGGAUUGUCACAUGACGACAGAUUUCUGAUGCCUAUUGAACGUAAGUGAUGGCAUCGAUCCGAGCGACCUGUUCCGGGCCUUUUAUGGAUUGUAUAUUCUUAUUACCCUUGCUAUAUGUCCAUG